ACUUUUGCGUCGAAGAAUCAAGAAUGGCUUCAUCGAUGGAUGUAGACGGGGAGCGCAAUAUUGGAUUUUCAACCUCUUUCCCGACCGGCAGUGUUUCGGUUUCACUUCAUCCGCUUGUUAUCAUGAACGUUUCAGAGCAUUGGACCAGAGUUACAGCUCAGGGAGGGCGAGUCUGCCAGGUUCUAGGAGCCUUGAUUGGAAAGCAGAAGGGAAGGAAUAUUGAAAUUAUGAAUUCGUUUGAGUUGGUUUUUCAUUCUAUUGAAGAUGAGAUUUUUGUUGACAGAGAAUAUUACACCAUCAAGGAAGAUCAAUUUAAACAGAUUUUCAGUGACAUGGAUUUUUUGGGUUGGUACAACACUGGAGAUGCAUUGGUGGAAUCCGACAUUAAAGUCCACAAACAAAUAUGCCAAAUAAAUGAAAACCCAGUGUUUUUAAAGUUGAACCCAUUAGCUCGAUCUGCUGAGUUGCCAGUAAACAUCUAUGAGUCCGUUAUUGAUUUGGUUGAUAAAGAGGCUACCAUGAGAUUUGUGGAGUUGCCGUACGUGCUGGCCACCGAGGAAGCUGAACGAAUAGGAGUGGACCAUGUUGCCAGAGUCAGCAUUUCUGAUAGAGGAGAAGCUUCAACUGCUGCUCAGCACUUGACUGCACAGUACAGCGCCGUGAAGAUGCUGCAUUGUCGAGUGAAAAUUAUUCUCAACUAUUUGAAGGACAUGAAUAAUGGAUUAGUACCGAAGAAUCAUAACAUACUGAGAGAAGUGUACAGUUUGUGCCAUCAUCUUCCUGUCUUAAAUUCUAAACAAUUCAAUGAUGAAUUAAAUACCCAAUAUAAUGAUGUUUCGUUGAUGACUUACCUGGGCGUCAUGACAAAAGCUUGCAAUACCAUCAACCAGUUUGUGACGAAGUUCAACAUUGUAAAUGAUCGUCAGUUAGCUCGAAGGAUGAGAGGAUUACUAUAUUAAACUUUUGACAUUUUCCUUUAUUUGUUUACCAGCAUUGUUUAAAGUUAAUGUUAUUAAAAUUUUCUCAUGUGUAGUUAUAUUUUUGUCAGUAAAUUUUUUUAAAAUACGGUUUAUAUUGGACUGUUUAAAUAAUGAAUAAUGUUUAUACUUGAGUAAACGUCAGUUUAAAUGGUCAUCUGAAUUACAAUUUUUCAAUCUCCCGUAUAACCACCCAUAGCGAAUCACUUGCGAACUAUUUUUCUGUUGAUCUUCUUUGUAAUUCGUUAACGAUUUUCUAAUAAAUUCUGUCUUCAUC